AUGGCCUGCGAUACCGACCCGCUGGGCUUAUACGACCCCGGCAGCGAUCCCAGCAAUCCUACUUUCCCAGAGUCAGAUCCGGACGCCGUCCCACAGAGCUUCACCUUCCCGAAUCACCCCCAACAGCUGUCAUGGGACCCUUACGCGCCGGAGAAGAUGCCCGCGGGCGAAGGGUAUCUUGAUCAGUCGAGAUCCAUUCUUGACGUCGACCUCGACGGCUACAGCCUAGCCGCGAUGAGCGGAAACCUCAUCUCUCCGCCAUCAUGGAAACCUCCUUCCGGUUCGCCGGCCAGGAGGUCUACCUGCGACGCCCACGGUUGCCGGGAGAUCUCGGAAACGCACGACGCGAGACAUCGGGAUAAGCGCAGGCGCAGAGACUCCAAGUCAAGUACGUCAUCUCUGUCACUUCACGACGAUGACGGCGGCGGCGGCGACGCCGCCAGCCAGAGACACCACCACCGGCUCGAGAAGAACCGGGUCGCGGCGAGCAAGUGCCGACAGAAAAAGAAACGGGAGACGGCCAUCCUCCAGGAGCGGGAGCGGGGCCUGGCAGCCCAGCGACAGUCACUCAAGUUGGCCGCAGACUCGCUCCGCGACGAGGUGGUCGGGCUGAGGAACGAGGUCUUGAAGCACGGCAUGUGCGACUGCUCGGUAAUCCAACGAUAUAUAAUGGAGACGGCGAGGCAGGUCGCUUGA